GAUGAAGUGGAGGAGCUGCGUGCGGAGAUGGAGGAAGUCCGGGACAGUUACCUGGAAGAGGAGGUGUACCAGGUGCAGGAGUUACGCAGGGAGCUGGACCGCUCCAAUAAGAACUGUCGGAUCCUCCAGUACCGUCUCCGUAAGGUGGAACAGAAGAGCCUCAGAGUGGCCCAGACUGGACAUGUAGAUGGAGAGCUGCUACGCAACCUGGAACAGGAUCUCAAGGUGGCCAAAGAUGUGUCAGUGCGUCUGCACAACGAGCUGGAGAAUGUAGAAGACAAGAGGACCAGGGCUGAAGAUGAGAAUGAGCUGCUGAGACAGAGGAUCAUCGAGGUGGAGAUCUCUAAACAGGCUCUGCACAAUGAACUGGACAGAAAUAAAGAG